AUGGCUCCCGGUCAGACUCCGCAGCCAAGUUCGACAAACAAACAGCCACGCAGCAAGUCAGCCGCCCUAAAGGUGCCAUCAUUCACAACCAACGGUGGAGGCUCCAUCAGCAGCUCCAAGCGGCCAGGGUUGAAGGCGCGUGGCAAAUCGCAUAUUUCCAUGCAUGACAUUGUGCGCAAAGUACGGAACCACCUCUCAAGCAACUCCCGACGUCAGACGGGAUCAUCCGAAGCCUCCGCGCGACCUGCACCAAUUGCACAAAAGACACCUGCCGACGAUAUCGAAACAGCUUCUGUAUGCCGCCGUGGCUCCUGUCAGUACGUCUUGAACGACGGUGAAGUUCAAGAUGUGGUCGAAAUCGUUGUCCACGAGAUGUGCAAGCACGGUGUUGGUCCCGUCGACAAAGAUCAAGAUACUGCUUUGCAGCCAGGCGAGGAAGUUCCGAGACAGGUUGUCCGCAAGCCCAGCUGUCUCAUGAAUGCCCUUGAACCACAAGUCUCCGACGUGGCGGAACCGGCGACCACCAUAAGUCUGCCCGAAACCGCCUUCUUCGCCCGCAGUCAAUCUGACGGUCAAAUACGCGCCAGGGUCAGGUCAUCUAAAGUAUCCAUGACCACCAUCCUAUCCAAAGACAAUGUUACCGAUAUCCGAUGGGCAGCCGAUGAAACAAAGCCCGAGAACGAGUCUCAAGGAGACCCCAAAGAUGGACCGAAAGAAAAGCCAGACGGCGAGUCAUCCGCUGAGGCCGGCAGUGCAGCAAAGGCCAAAACCGAAGGUGAUCAAGAACAGCCGAACGAUAACAAAGCGGCAGCACAGAAAAUAGAGAACACCGAGAAUGAUGAGGCUGGAGAGUUUUCAGGUACCCCCGAGACUCCCGCAGCUGGACCGCGACUUCACGAGAUUUCUGACUGCGACAUGGAUGACUUGAGUGAUUACGCCAUCGACAAUCAACCAACAACCAAUCCUCCUCCUGCAGAAAAUUCGACCACAAAGGAUGUUGACACCAAGAGCUCAAACGCCAUCAAUCCGGAGCUCAAUAAAAGCGGUACCGAGGCCAAAACGUCAGACGCUGUGGAACCCAAGCUGGACUCCAAAGAAGCAUCGCCUGGAGCAGACCAAGCCGAGGAGUCCCCCUUGAAACAAAACGGUCUUGACGAUGCUGAAGGUAGACGUCUGAAACAGGCGUCCAACCCCGAUGAUCCCACUUCCAUGGAGGUUGAUGUCACAUCUACCGAGGCCGUUGAUCCUGCCCCUGCCGGUCCUGAUCCUAACAAACUCGACGCCAAAGCGGACGGCAUGAAGGCUCCCGAUGCUGAUCAAGGGGACCCACAGCAAUUGGACGUUUCGACAUCAGAUGAUAAGCCGGCAGAAUCCAAGACCUUGACAUCGAGGUUUUUAGAGACGUUCCUGAAGUCAUCAGAUGACACUGCCGCCGAUGGCGCCUCCGGAGAUUCGAAGAUCCCUAGGGAGGCGAGCCUGCAGAAGGAGAAUAGCAUAUCAUCCAUUGAUAAUGGCCUCGAUGAUCAGCAGGAUGUUACUUCAUUUCAUCCAUUGGGUAAACGCCGUGGCACGCACGAAUGGCAAAGCCCUCCGUAUGGCGCUAUUCCCGAAGAGCAAGAAACGGAUGACAUGUACCACCUUGGCGUCGAUGCCAGACCGGGCGGUGCGGUGCCUGCGACUGACAGUAACGUUUCACGACCAGACCCGACAACGAGAUAUAACUUCAGCAUGUUCAAUCGGAGUGUAUUUGGAGAAGGCACUCAUGACGCCAUAUCGAAACCUGGUCGUCGAGUAUCUGAAGCUUCCAUAAUGGCCGUAGGAGCUGCUGCUCCCCGCUCGGCGGACAAGGUCCUCUACAGGUCUCGCUCUGCUCAUUUUGCGGAUGUCUCCAAUUCGGAUCCUGGAUUUCUACAGAAGCUAACUCGCAAGUUGAGCUCCGUCUUCCAGACUCCGCCCCAAACACCUGUCAUGCGGGCGCCGGCUCCGUCCCUUGAAAGUACCGCAAUUUCGAGGAAAGCUUCCGAGAGCCACAUCCCAGGCGAUCCGAGUGAAGGGGGCGAGGCAGAUCCGGCGGGAUACAUAUCUGAGCCCGAGCCCUCUUCCGUUUAUCAGGCAAUGACAGUGUCGAAGCCAGCAAAGGCCGAGGCGCAGCGUCGUAGUAUCUGCUCAGAGGACAAUGCGCCUCAGCGAAUCGAUGCUGUCACCAGUCUGAAGGGUUUGAUGGGAUCGGGUGGAAGAUGA